UGCAAGGCACAACACCAACCAAACUUGCGCAUUUCUGCUACUUACUCUACGCCUUGGAUAUGUCUUGGGAUCUUGUUUGACUUACGUUCUUUCAUUGUUAUGCUGCUAUUUGAUCAUGACUUUAGACGACAAUUACGAUGACGAUGAGGAUGCAGAGCUCCAUGGCGGCUCUGCGACGCGUGCUCCACGGUACGAGGCGGAAGAUGUGUCUCCGACUUCUGAGAAGGAAUUGAGAGGGUGGUAUUCCUGUGGAUUGGCGGCGGAGAUUUUCGCGGUUUGUGGUGUUGGUUCCUUUUCUCCUAUUUUAUUGGAACAACUUGCCAGAGAAGCUGGCGUAUUGAGAGAUGACGGAAAGACACCUUGUGUACCACAGCAACAGCAAGAUGCUGCACCGGUCACGAGGUUGGCGAGUCUUGCAGUGCGGACUGUCUUCGAAACAGCCUCUUCCUCCCUGCGCCGAGACGCAGAUGAUGCAAAAUCUCAAUGCGUUGUUCGACCCUUUGGACGAGACAUCGCUACGCCUUCUUUCGCGAUGUAUACCUUCUCGCUUGCGGUCUUCACGCAGGCUCUUGUGUUGAUCUCUUUCAGUCCUGUGGCCGAUUAUGGAACCUACAGGAAACGACUCUUGCUUACAUUCGCAUUUGUGGGCUCUGGAGCGACGAUGGCCAUGAUUUUGGUCUCGCCUGGGAUUUACCUUAUUGGAUCGCUAUUGACGAUCGUAGGUGUCGUCUGUCUGGGUUCGACAUUUGUUCUGCUGAACUCGUACCUGCCGCUGCUGGCUGCGAAUCAUCCACAAGUGAGAGCGAAGCCUCGCGAGGAUACCGGAGUCUAUCUGGAAACCAAGAGUUCGACCUCGCCUGCAUUGAAGCUGUCGACGCAAAUUUCAUCAAGAGGCGUGGGAUUGGGCUAUGCUGCUGCUGUCUCGACACAAGUGUUGAGUAUAGGUCUGCUAGUGUUGCUGAAGAAAGCCCACUUCGUUGCUGAAUCCACACCACUCCGGUUCGUACUGCUAUUCGGAGGUAUUUGCUGGUUCACUCUCACACUCCCUGGUGCGACUUGGCUCCGAAAUCGACCAGGUCCUCCUUUGCGAGCAAUUGAGCCUUGGAAAUCGAAACUGCCGGUCGCCAUACAGCACAUGACCUUUGCUUGGAAAUCUGUUUGGACGACAGUGAGAACUGCUGCCAAGCUCCGUCAGACCUGGGUAUUUCUGAUCGCGUGGUUCUUGUUGUCAGAUGCCAUCGCCACUGUCAGUGGCACAGCGAUCUUGUUUGCGCGCACAGAACUCCACAUGGACACGAUUCCGAUUGCUCUGUUGUCCAUCACUUCGAUUGGCUCGGGCCUUGCUGGAGCUUUCGCGUGGCCUAAAAUCUCGAAACGAUACGGCCUGGAGACUAAACAAACAAUCAUCGCUUGCAUGCUGCUGAUGGAAAUCAUCCCGUUCUAUGGUAUGCUUGGGUUCGUGCCCUUCAUCAAGUCUCUAGGCUUUUUGGGAUUGCAACAAAUUUGGGAGAUAUACCCUCUCGGAUUCAUCCACGGCUUUGUGAUGGGUGGACUGUCAUCGUACUGCCGAGCCUUCUAUGGAGAGAUCAUUCCGCCUGGAUCAGAGGCUGCUUUCUAUGCCCUCUACGCGAUCACAGAUAAGGGAAGCUCAGCUGUCGGACCUGCGAUUGUCGGCGUGCUGAUCGAUAAUGCUGGAUCGAUCCGGCCGGCUUUCAUCUUUCUAGCUGUACUGAUUGCCCUUCCGAUCCCGCUAGUCUAUAUGGUCGACAUGAGAAAAGGGAGGGAGGAUGCGAUCGCUCUGUCGCAGCAUGCCGGAUAUAGCGGGAUUGAACCAAUCAGGAUGGAAGAAUAUGAUCGUGUUGAAGAAUAUGAUGUCGGAACUGGGCUGUUGAGGCGCGACGAAGCAGAAGACGUGGCGAGAUGAGGCAGCGCUUCGCGUACCAGUGUCGAUGGUGUCGUAAAGGUCUUUGAGCCACCCAUUACUGUCAGGAGCAUGAGAGGAAAUCAAUGUCCUUUCACGAUGCAGCGCCGUAUGCAAGUUGUCCUGCAGAUCCCCAUUUGUCAUCCCGCAGGUAUUGCCAAUUUCGAGCUCCCAUGCCUUGAGCUAUGCAUUCAUAUCUCAUUUAUCAUAGCAUAUUC